AUGAGGACGAGGACGAUAACCAAGAAGACCCUGCUGCCGCCGAUGAAUAGGCUGAUCAUGAGGACCAGGCCACAAAGACAAAAGGAAGGGGAGGAAGGGGGGGGCAAUCGAGGGCGAGCCACCACACAUGCCAAGCACGUACUGGCUGAUAGCAACAUCAGCGUCGCUCCUCCACGCCACUCCCUUCGACAUGUUAACCCCACACCCAGCCAACCCACACCCAUUGACAACGCCACCUCUGCACCUGCCACUCAACGCCGCCGAGCCACCAAACCCCAGGCUAACAAAACUGACAACAGGAGGCACCCCCCCAAUGAAGAUGAGAGCCAUGACACCAAUGCCAAGGAGCAGAACAAGGACCCCGAGCAGGCCGAAACCAACGAAGAUGAGAAACAAAACGACGAAGACAAGGAGCCAAAUGAUGAAGACAAGGAGCCAAAUGACGAAGACAAGGAGUCAAACAACGACAACCAGCACACCAAGCAAGACAACCAACAGGACAACACCAAGGUGAACAAUGAGCAGGACACAAACCCCAACCCCAACCUCGACACCAAGACCACCUGUCAGCAUGCCAUGCACGCCACUGCCAACAACAUCACUAACACCACCGCCGCCACACGCAUGUGA